GCCUCGUGCCAGUGCCCAUCAAUGCCACAUAUCAAUGCCACAUAUCAGUGCCCAUCUGAGCUGCCUUUCAGUGUCACCCAUCACUGCCAGUCAGUGCCACCUAUCAAUGUCAAUCAGUGCCACCUAUCAGUGCCAGUCAGUGCCGCCUAACCGUGCCAGUCAGUGCCGCCUAACAGUGCCAGUUAGUGCCGCCUAUCAGUGCCGUGUAUCAGUGCUGCCUUUCAGUGCCCAUCAGUGAUGCCUGUCAAUGCCCAUCAGUGCCACCUACCAGUGCUUCCUCAUCAGUGCUCAUCAGUGCCACCUAUCAGUGUCCAUCAGUGCAGCAUAUCAGUGCCCAUCAGUGCAGCCUCAUUAGCUCACAUCAGUG